GUUUUUGUGAAUUUAAUGUUGGGAGGAGGACGAGGAUUCCGCUUUGCCGUUUUCGUGAACCGGAGUCCUAAGUCUGUCUCUCAUCCCGUCGUGAGACCUCGUGUUUUUUCACGAGGACGUCGUCUUUCAUUCGUUCGUUGCAUGAGCGCUCGCUACGCAUCGCUUGAGUUCAAGCUGAGGCCAACCCCCUGAGCACAGCUUGGCGCUGCGCUCCAGUCACUCAACCACCAUUGUUGGAACUUGUUGGGGCCAUUUCUGGGCUCGCUUUUCACGCGGCUGCAUACCAUGAGCACGUCGAGCAGAAGAAGCUCGCUGGAAACUGCUGCUGCUCGUCGUAAAUGAAGCGUCGGUUUUGUCCAAGAAAGCACACGCAGUCACGGACUAUCAAUGAGCUCCAAUGAAGCGAACCACAGGUGGUCCAGUAUGAUUCUUGUCGGAUUGAUGAUGUGUUUCCCUCUCCAAGACCAAGAGGCCAAGACCACCUCCCUUCGCGGUCACACCCGGGACUCUCUUCUUUGCCCUAGACGCCCGCCCUUGACUCCAUGAGACCUUCGCCCUCCUGUUUUGAAUGGCCAUGCCGAGCUAUCCGUCUGCUCUGGCGAAAUUUGUUGGCGCCAUUCGGUGGUGGUCGAUCGAUGACGAAUGUCGGCCCUUUGAUCGCAGAGUUCUGAUUUUGCAACACUCUCGUGCAUCGUAUGUUGCAGCUCUGGUCGUCAACUGUUUCAUCUUCUCUCCCCGACUCGACUCGGGCCAAGUUCCUCGAAGCAGCCCCUCCCUGUGCCACCUUAUUUGUCGAACAUUGUUCAAAGUCAAGUGCCUGUUGGACCGUGGCAAGGGUUGGUCCCAAUUGACCGAAGAUUCCAGCUUGCGUUAAUGUAGAGCCACCUCUUUCCAAUUUGGCGGUUAAUCUCAUUCAGCCAAAAAAUAGAAACGUUUGCUAUCUUUCUUAUUUUGAAUCAGGGACGAAGUGGAUAGCAGAAGGGCAUGAUCACUUAUACCUCUGACUUGUUUAAAAAUAAUAAUUGUGUAAACCUCAGGCAUAACCCAAUCUUAAGGUUGGUUAUGCCUUAGGUUAAGGUUAUGAAAGGUUAGGGUUUUCUAGAUGAAUUUCCGGCAUGUUAAAUUAAGUUUGGGUUUUAAAGUUCAAAUUGCGGAGUCUGCUUAGAUAUGUUCUCGACUUAAGCCAGUUUGGAGUUUUUUGGCUGACAUCUUAGAUCGGUAUCCAGGUGUAAAACGUUUGUUUAAAAAUGCAUGCGGCAGUAUAUUUUGGAUAUUCUCCUGAGGACAAAAGG